UCACACCUUCCUGCUCCUCUGCCAGGUCUGCGGGCAGGGUCUCACCCCUGUGGACCCCUCACCCUGCCAGAGGGCAGGGCCCGCUGCCUCCACAAUGGCGAGAUGGCUGCCUCGCUCCGCCGACCUGACCCGCUUCUGCCAGAAACUCAACCGGGUGAAGACCUUGGAGGAUGACAUGAUGGAGACGUCCUUCAACCGAUGCCUUUCCACCAUUGACUUGACGCUACUGGGCAUUGGGGGCAUGGUGGGCUCCGGGCUGUAUGUCCUCACGGGCACUGUGGCCAAGGAGAUCGCCGGCCCUGCCGUCAUUGUCUCCUUCAUCAUUGCCGGCUUUGCCUCACUCCUGGCUGCUCUCUGCUAUGCCGAGUUUGGAGCCCGGGUACCCAAGACAGGCUCCGCGUACAUGUUCACCUACGUGUCCGUGGGGGAGAUCUGGGCCUUCCUUAUCGGCUGGAACGUGCUGCUGGAGUACAUGAUCGGGGGAGCCGCAGUGGCCAGGGCCUGGAGUGGCUACCUGGACUCCAUCUUCAACCACAAGAUAAAGAACUUCACCGAGACCCACGUGGGCACCUGGCAGGUGCCGUUCCUGGCCCGUUACCCCGACUUCCUGGCGGCCGCCAUCCUGCUGGUAGCCACCGCCUUCAUCUCCUUUGGGGCCAAAGUGUCCUCCUGGCUCAACCAUGUCUUCUCGGCCGUCAGCAUGGGUGUCAUCCUCUUCAUUCUCAUCAUGGGUUUUGUCCUCGCGCAGCCCAAGAACUGGAGUGCCCAGGAGGGUGGCUUCGCCCCGUACGGGCUAUCGGGCAUCAUGGCUGGCACGGCCACCUGCUUCUACGCCUUCGUGGGCUUUGAUGUCAUCGCGGCCUCCAGUGAAGAGGCCAGGAACCCGCAGAGGGCUGUUCCUAGGGCCAUCGCUUUCUCCUUGGGGCUGGCCACCGGAGCCUACAUCCUGGUGUCGGUGGUGCUGACGCUGAUGGUGCCCUGGCACACGCUGGACCCCGACUCUGCCCUGGCGGAUGCAUUUUACAGGAGGGGCUACGCCUGGGCAGGGUUCCUGGUGGCCGCUGGUUCCAUCUGUGCGAUGAACACGGUCCUGUUGAGCAACCUCUUUUCCCUGCCGCGCAUCGUCUACGCCAUGGCCGAGGAUGGGCUCUUCUUUCAGGUCUUCUCCCGAGUGCAUCCCCGCACACAGGUGCCUGUCGUUGGCAUCGUGGUCUUCGGGCUGCUCAUGGCCCUGCUGGCCCUCGUCUUCGACCUGGAGGCCCUAGUGCAGUUCCUGUCCAUCGGCACGCUGCUGGCCUACACCUUCGUGGCCGCUAGCAUCAUUGUCCUGCGCUUCCAGCAGCAGAAGGUGGACGUCCCCGCACCGGCGGCCGGUGUCCAGCCCAGCCCCAAGCCCCACGAGGGUCCGUCCGCCAGUGAGCUGAAGGAGUACGAGUCCUUCUCCGACAAGCUUCAGCUGGUGGACAGGGACAAGAGCAAAGAGCACCGGGAGCCAGGGCAGCUGAAGGCAGCUUUUGAGCCCUACCUGGAGUUCCUCAGCGACUUCUACCCGGGCGAGGUGGUCACGGUGGCCGUGGUGACCCUGAUGGUGUCCGCCAUCUGCCUCUGCUCUGUCUUGGUGUUCGGCAACACCCACCUCCACCUGCCCACCUGGAGCUACUCCCUGCUGCUGGUCCUCUUCAGCCUGGGCUUUCUGCUCAGCCUUCUUCUCAUCUGGGCGCACGAGCAGCAGCGCAGCACACAGACCUUCCAGAUCCCCCUGGUACCCCUCUCCCCGGCACUGAGCAUCGUCCUCAAUAUCUAUCUGAUGCUGAAGCUUAGCUACAUGACGUGGCUCCGCUUCGCUGUCUGGCUGCUCUUAGGUGAGUGCUCCCGUGGCAGCAUGAGCCCCGGCAGGGCAGUGGCUGCUUUGGCAGCUCUUUUCCCCCAGCGAUGGGUUUAUAAAGCCCAUCGUGCCCCUUUCUGCCUCUGGUUCCCCUUUGGAGACACAAGCUAA